AUGAAACGACUAAGUUUUAAUAUGUUGUGUUUUCCGGACGUGUUUCAACAAAUUAUGACCUAGAUUGCGUUCCCGGUCAUAACUGAAGCGCUUGCAAGGUUUUCCAUCCCUUCUCUUUCAAUGGAACACGUUUAUGCCCAAGCAAACGCGAGAAACCAACAUUGAGGGAGGGGAGGAUAGGCAAGCAACACAUGUAUUCAUGAACCGACUAACAGGACUAAGUUUAAGUUGUGUUUUCAAGAAAACUUCAAUAAAUUAUGACCGGGAUCGGAGGUGCGGGAUUCGAGAGAUUUGGAUCUCCAUCAAUCCCCCUCCACUCUUCUCCCCUGUUAUAAUGAACCAGGUGGGCCUGGUAACAAAACUAACAGUAAAUAAUACCUUGAUGCUCAACAGUCAACAAUGCUGGAGUAGCAUUGUUAACCAUAAUGGAGUGUGUCCCAGUGGACAUGGCCAAGGAAUUGUUUGAAGUGAACGUCUUUGGUACCUUGCGACUGAUCCAAGCUGUGCUGCCAGGCAUGAAAGAGAGAAGGAGCGGGUGUAUAAUUAACAACAGCAGCCAUGUUGGAAUUGUCGGAGUACCUUUCAAUGAGAUUUACUCAUCUUCAAAGUUUGCAGUGGAGGGCCUUACUGAAGCAAUGGCGCCAACCUUGCUUCAUUUUAAUAUCAGGUAAAGUAGACCAAAGUUAAUGUUCAAAUUUUGGAUAGCUUUUUCCAACUUACGAAUAAAUCACACUAUCCAGCGGAUAAGUGUCAGGGAACUCAAUUACACACUCUAGCUGAUAGAGGAAGGCUCUCUGUUUGGGGGAAAAAAUAGCAAGGCAAGGGAAAGGAAAGUUCCCCGCUGGACCAAAGGACUGUUCACAGGCUAACUAUCCAGCGGAUAAGUAUCAGGGAACUCAAUUACACUCUCUAGCUGAUAGAGUUUCAUCCAUUGGAUAUCUUUAUGCAACUUUUAAACAACUUGUGCCAGGACGUUAGAAGCCACGGGCAAACCAUUCUAUACCUGGGUACAGGUUGAUAUUUCUGGAAUACCCUUCAAUGAGCUUUACGGUGCUACUCAGUUUCUUAAUAGUUUGCAGACAAGAAACUAAACUACGGCCUCAGCUGUAACAUGUCCUGCCCUGGCUUACUACCUUAUAGCUGUUUCUGUGGCAGCCGUUUGUUUAUACAAAAGCAUUUGUCUUCUUAAAGUAACCCACUGAUGAAGAGAUCUGGAAGUCCAAAGAUUUCUUAAACUGCGGUUUAAGUUAGACUUCGUUUAAACAACCGACCCUUUGAGUCCAACUAGUCAAAGCGUGUUUUCAGGCUUCUUGAGGGAGUAGUUCGGCUAUUUCUUCCACGCUUAACGUGUGGAAUUUGUUCGCCAUUUUCUACAGCUUUACUAACAAAAUUCCUGAGCUGCGCAGCCUCGUCCCCAGAGGUACUCGGUUGCCGUUUUCCCUCCCUCUAACGUUUCCCAGAUUCUUUUGUGGACCUACACAUUCCAUGAAGUAGCAUUAUGCAUUUAAUCUAAGUUGAAUGCGUUGCUUAAACUAAACUAUACCUUCUACAGCACGCACUACCGCGAUAUAAUCAACCUCUAAGUACCCUUUCCUUACCCUUGGUAGGUGUUCUCUACUUGAACCAGGUCCCGUUGGGACGGUACUUGUCGGAAACAUGGAAGCCUGGCACAAGAAAUAUGACAAGCCAACUGCUGACGAAGAGACUUCGAAACUGCUUCAAGUCGGCACAGGAAAGUUAUGGCCAAUGGCCUUUAAGGUGAUCCAAGAUGUCAAGGAAGUCGCAGAGAUUGUGAAAACGAUCGUACUUAGCGACAAGCCAAACCUACGAUAUCAAACAAAUAAGAAUUUCCACCCCGAUGAAGUAAAGGCCAAACUUGCUGAUCCUACUGGGAAUGUUAUGGUUGAUUUGAUGGUCAAAAAGUACUUCGAUAAAGAAUAGUUCGUAUACUGUUAACAAGUUGAUGCAUGAAUGUUAUUCCAAGUGUA